GAUCACAGGUCCAGGAUUUUGGAGCAGGGCGAACAAAUGUUCUCGGCCUUUCCACUCCCUCUCCCACCCUCCCCCAAGAAAGUCGACAAGGUUGCUUUCAAUUGUCACAAUUCUUGGCCAGAGCUUUCAAGUCGACAGCUAACAACGCUGCUAUCGUUGUGGAGGAGACGAGCUCUCACAUAUUUAGACCUCGAGGCCAGUCCUUGAUCUCAUACGUGCGAUCGUGUCUUAAGUUUUGGGAACUAAAAAGAAAACAAAUCUACGAAUCUUCACUUCGUCAUCAGUCAUCACUGCGUGGACCUUCAUAUUUUGUGCGAGAGAUUGCAGCAUGGAUUAUGCCAACAUUCCAGCCAAGUUGGCUGGUUCCAUGGUGAAGGACAAGAAGCCAUUCACCUACCUGCCAGGUGGUCUGGACUUUUCGGAAAUCAAGAGCCCUCGUAUGGCUAAACGCCUGGCCAAGCAUCAAGAGUUCAUUGUGAAGCCAGAGGCUCCCGCAGGACCUCCUCAGAGAAAUGCCACCCAGGCCCCAUAUCAACUUUCCCCGCCGGUACAGCCUGCCACAGUCAGCAAUGGUUCACUUCAAGGAACAAGUGCCACAGAUUCAAGCCCCACUAAACCCGUCUAUCAGAAGCAAAGGAGCAUGUCGGAUAUGUUCACGUGGAGUGAUCCCGAUGAGGGUGUCAAGCCAUUGCCGCCAAUCCACUUGGACCAUGAGCCCGUGAUGUACAAUCCUUAUGCUUCGAAAAAUCCGGUUUCGAACGGGGUUUCAAAUGGAGUGCCAACGAUAAAACCUGAGCCUCCAAAGACGUUACCCAAGCCUAUGGCAAACUUGUACACUCCCAAAGUGAGCAGCCCUCUGGUAAAGGAGAGCCCAGUGAAUGGCGGCCUUUCGAUUCCUCCCCCACCCCCAAUUCCAUCUGCAGGCUCAAUACCUCCUCCACCUCCUCCUCCCCCACCACCCCCUCCUCCAAUUGCUCCUGAAGAGGAAAUGAAUUUCCAGCUUGGAAAUAAGCCGUUGGCCAAUAAGAUCAGCUCGGCUCAUCAAUCUCUCAUGAAAGAAAAGGAAGCUAAGAUAAAAGAGGACCUGGAAAGGGCAAGAGAAUUGGAGGAGAAAAUGCAAGUCAUGCAAGUGCAACCACCUGAGAGGCAAGUGCACAUGCAACCUCAUUUUAGCCGCACAUUGUCCCACGAGGAUCAGCAAAAGAUGUGGGAGGAACAACAAAGAUUCAUAAGGCAACAGAGAGAGGAGAACGAAAGGAAUCUAUUCCCUAGCAAUCUGUCUGCUCAAGCAUGCCCUCCUCCACAAGACCACAUGCUGAGAGAUCAAGAAGAGCGUGAUUGGAAGUUGAGAGAGGACCAAGAACGACAAUGGAGGGAACAAAAGGAAAAAGACCAAAGAAUACAAGAGGAACAAAAAAGGAUCCUUUAUGAGCAGGAAUAUGCCAGAAGAGAGGAGGAAGAACUAAGAAGGCGAAAAGAGGAGAAGGAGCAACAAGAAUUGCAACAAAGAAGGCUUGAAGAGCAACAACGUGCUCAACGAGAGGAACAGGAGUAUGUUCAAAGGGAGCAAGAGGAGCAAGAGAGACAAUGGAAAGUUGAGCAAGAAACAACUCGAAGGGAGCAAGAAGAAAAAGACAGGCAAUGGAGAGCUGAACAGGAGGGGCUUCAAACAAAAGCUGAAGAGGAGCGUCAAAGACAAAUGGAAGAAACCAGAGUCCGCCAGGAACAACAACAACAACAACAACAAGAGCAAAGGCAACUGGAGAUGAAGCGAAUGGAGCAGGCUCGAUUUCAAAAGGAACAAGCCGAAUGGGAGCAAUACCAGAGAGAGCAGGAGGAGAACCGUCGCCAGAUUGAAGCUAGAAAUCAACUCCAAAAGCAACGCGAGGAACAGGUCUUACGGGAAGAUCAAGAAUUGCACCGCCGCCAAAUGGAAGAGGAACAACAACGGCUCUUAGAGGUUCAACGAGAGCAACAGCGUUUGAGACAACAGCGAGAUGUAGAAGAGGCACAAAAGAGGUUACCACCCACCCCCAAAGUAGGCCCUAAAGGCCGUCUCCUUCAACGUCCGGAACCAAUUGGAAGUGAAACGGAAAAACCUUAUGAGGGCCACGAUACCGGUUAUGUGAUGUUGCCCCAGCCGAGAAGGGUGGCCCAAACCCCUCCGCCCCUAAGAGCAGCCCCACUUGUGGAAACUUUACGAAGAAGUGCUGCCACGCCUCCACCGUUGAAUCUGAACAACCCGAGCUCGAUCAACUCCCUCUUUGACGAGUCCUUCAGUAACUUUAUGAGCACUCCCUUUGGCGCCCCUAGGAGCAUGACUGAAUUUGAUUACAAGGAUAUUUCUCCCCCAAACCUAGGUUUCUGUGACUCACCCAUGUCUCCUCAAGCGCAAUUCUUCAGCCAAUUUGGCCAAUGGAACCGAGCUAAUACGCCCAAGAGACAAACCAGUACUGAAUCCAACGACUCAGCUCGGGUUAUUCCCAUAAAGAUUGAGGCUAGAAGUGCCAAGAAUAUCAAAAAUCCAACGGAGCGCGUGCGUUUUAGUGAUCCUGCUCCAUCGCCACCCUUGCGAUACGGCAGUCCAAAUUUGAGGCAGCAAAUUCUAGAGGAGGACAGAUACCGAAGAGCCACAACAAACGAUAUCGCGGGUCCACGGACAGGUCCACCCCAAUCUCCGAGUAUGAGAAUGUUAGGAGAAAAGUUCACCCAACCCUUUAGUAAUGGUACGAAUUCUUGCGUAGUUUUUCAUAUGUAUAAGAUCAUGAGAAGAUUUAUGAUAGAUUAUUCGGCCCAAGAGGAACAGGCUCUCGCAAGGGAGUAUGGGGGCGAACAUGGACGAUUUCUGUCACCGCAGAGUCCGAAAACACCGGGAUCGACCAAUAGAUUUUACAACUUACAAAAUUCCUUUCCUGCGCAAAGACAGGGUAAAACGUCUAUCAACGCAUUCUUGGCCAUGACCUUACAAGACAGGGUCAACCGCUUUACAUUUUGUGCUGUCUUGAAACUGACUUUUUCCUAUUUGGUCAUGAUGAAUAUUUAAGUUUCUUGUGCUCUUUUUCAGAUUACUCCGACUUUUAGUGGAACGGAAAUGCCCAUUAAGCCUUUGUGUUCUGUAUUUUGUUUCGUCAAUAAAUGCCCUGACGUUUUCUGUA